UCUAUAUAAGCUUUAACCACAGGUAGACCGUGGCAAACACGCACUCUUACCUAGCAGAGCUCUAAUCUUCUGUGGGGCCUCUUUCUGUCUGAAAAAAAGGUGACGAGGAAGAAGACCACAGGAAAAGUUAGUCCUCCACAUAAACUUGCAGCUUUCAGGCAUAGUGACUUCUGAAGAGAUACCAAAAUGAUUUUUGGUCUCCCACGCCCAACUUCAAGAUACAUCCGCUACCUGCAGACUUCAGCCAUGCAGAUUGUGACCCACAGAGCUCAUGAUCUCAUGGUACCAAGGGUGGCUGUUCUUCUGGGUGCACUAGGGAUUGCAAUGUCAGGGUACAGCUCUCGCCAGCUCACUCUCUAUCAUCGUCCCUCCACACGAUUCCUGCAGUGGGUGUCGAGACCUGUCAUUGCUGAUGAGAGUCUGGAAACCCAGCCAGUGCAGGCCAGUCUGGGUUUAGCCAAUGCUGCAGUGGGAUACAUCAAAAAGGAUGGACAGAUCUAGUCAGACAUAUGGGUCACACACAGCAGCCUGUAUGGACAACAGAUAAAAUAAAUGUUUGCAUGUGUGGAAAAACUAUCACUGCUCAAAUGUUGGAUGUGUCCAGAUUCAUUUGAGCAACACUGACAUGAGUGGCAGUCACAAAAAUAAGGAUCUGUGAGGUCUUAUUGUGUAAGACUUUGUUAGAUUUUCAAAUUUAGCCAUAUAGAGUUAUUUCAACAUCUGAAAGUAUUGUUAUGUUACACAGAGCAAAGCAUCAGUAAUGAUUUUGAAAGUGCCUUUGUAAAGGAAAGCCUGAAAAUGUCCUGCUGAUAGAGAUGCAGGUUUGCCCUGAUUAGUUUGUGUUUAUUUAUGUGGCCUGCUUGAGUUCCAUAAAUGCUUUAGCAGAUCUGUGUAAAUGACCAAGUCAAUUACUGUUGAGUCAUGCCUUGUGUUGACAUCCUUUUGAAAAUCAUUUACAUCUCUGUAAAUAUACAGGCCAUUGGUUUUAUGAUUUAAUUUGUGGAUGAUGUCACUAGUAGAGUGACAUAUUGUGAUUGCAACUGAAUUUUAAAAAGCAGAGUCAAGCCUGAAUGCCAUGCAUUUAAAACAAGUUUUAUAAAUUGCACGUUAGAGACUGACAUCCUGAUGGCUGGCUCCUUAUUUAGCUAUGUAUUUACAGUGACAACAACACACUAUGACAGGCAUGUUCCCUAAACAAAUACACUCACUGGGGAUUAGGUCUCACAAAGAGCAUUACAUUUCUUUAUUGGAGCUUUUAACUGAGAUUUAAAACAUGGGUACACUGUGAAGAUGAGCCAGUACCUGUUAAACACAUGGGAUUUCAAACUGGGGUCCAUGUAAAAUUUCACAGAGAAAAAAUUAUGUAUAGAAUAACACUGUGAAUUUGAUUAUAUUACCAUAAAAAAAUCAUGAGAUCAGUCGUGCUUUUUUAUUCAUAUUUAUUGUGAAAAGCACUAUGCAAGCUAAUCCAAAUUGAAUUGAUUUUUUUUCUUCAGGUUUAUACAUCUAAAAUUACUCUAAUAGUAGGUGAAAAAGAUACACUCUCUUAACGCUUAAAGUAAAUAUUUUUGCAGAUAUUAUUGUAGUAAUUUCUUUUGC